AUGGAAGACGCCGUGUCCAUUACCAAAGUUAACUGCUCGAUUGUUCAACCCCGGAUGGGACGCUUUGUGACACAAGCAUUGGAUGAUCUCACCAAGAAACCAAAAGGGUCCCAGAUUGAAGAGACUUUGAGAAGGGCAGAAGAGGUAUUCUACGUUGGUUACCUCAGGGAUGUGGACGAAGAGAACCCCAGAUUUGAUCGAUGGCGUGGAGUAGCAUUUGAUAUUAACAAUCUCAGUUGUGGAACAUCAACAUCUCCCGGCCUCGAGCUGCUGCGCUUUGUCCGUUUCAAGAUCAAGCAUGAGGAUACUCGCCGCGCCAUUGACACACGCUUAAAAUGGCUUCGACACUGCCUUCAACCUGGGGAACGGGACCAUCGACAUGGGCGCCGUGAGCCGGCCACCUUCCAUGGCAACAAGUAA